AUGUUGUGGAUACAUAAACUUAAAUUCAUAAUUUAUUACAACUUUCAGAGACAAUUAUCGCAGCAAGAAUGCCUUGCUGAGUUACUGUCUGUAUUCGGCAACAAAGCGCCACAUCAGUCGACAAUUUCCCGUUGGUAUGGAGAAUUCAAACGUGGACGGGUGAGUCUUAGCGACGAUCCCAAGGUGCACCUCAAAGACCUCAAUUCAAAAAUUUUACAUGAAGAAUUAAUAGUAAGAAAAUUAGUUUCUCGUUGGAUACCCCACCUGUUGACUGAAGAGCAGAAAGCAGCCAGGGUUAAUUGGUGUCAAAAAACGCUUGACCGUUUCAAUUCCGGAAACUCACAAAAUGUGUACAGCAUUGUCAGUGAAGAAAAGCCAACAAAAGUCAUCCGUUCUCGAAGUGUUUCGAAAAAGGUGGUCGCGACAUUUGUGUCAAGAGUGGGUCAUAUUGCAACAAUUCCUCUUAAUGAGCAAAGAACUGUUACUGCGGAUUGGUAUACCACCAUUUGUUUGCCAAAAGUCAUCACCGAGCUUCGAAAAAUCAACCCCGAAAGAAGAAUCAUCCUCCACCAAGACAAUGCAAGCUCGCACACAGCCCAAAAAACAAGGCAGUAUUUAACGGAAGAAAACGUGGAAUUAUUGGACCAUCGUCCAUAUAGUCCCGAUCUAAGUCCUAAAGAUUUCUUUAAUUUCCCGAAAAUUAAAAACAGACUGCGUGGUCAAAGGUUCCAGUCACCAGAAGAAGCAGUUGACGCAUUCAAAAAUGCCGUUUUGGAUCUGCCAGCAAACGAGUGGAAUAAGUGCUUCGAAAAUUGGUUCGAGCGCAUGCAGAUGUAUAUUAUUCUUCGUGGAGAAUACUUCGAAAGACAAUAA